GCGCGACCCAUGGAAAUUACGCCAUGAGUAUUUUCCCUAAUAAUCGAGAUUUUUUUCAAUCAUAUAAAUAUCUGUGAAGCCCCUUUCCCAAUGUUAUCUUCAGUUGAAUCUCAGAUCAAUCACAACACACAGUUUGUUCUUCGCGUCGAUUUUUUUGUGUUAUCUUACUAUACCUAUAAUUGUUUGUGCAUUUUUGAUUUGGAUAUUUUGCAUUUGGACGAAUCCAGGAUGACUUUGAUUAGUUAUUUGAGGCAUAAAAAUGUCAUCAAAAUAGUUUCGAUAGCUGCGCUUCUAUCGUCACUAAUCAUAGCAGCAGUUAUGGUCAGCAUUGUGUUGCUCGUUCCAAGAAGAAACAUUACAAAAGGAGUGGUUGUUUCAAAUGCCCUCGGAUGUGCGAAAGUUGGGACAGAAAUUAUGGAAGGAGGUGGUAAUGCCAUUGACGCUGCCAUUGCAACAAUGUUAUGCGAAGGAGUCAUGAUGCCAAGUACCAUGGGCUUGGGAGGUGGGUUCAUCAUGACAGGUUACAACAAAACCACCGGAGAAGUAUGGUCUCUGAACGCUAGAGAAACAGCUCCAGCUGCAUCUUCCAAAGACAUGUUCCAUGGAGAUAGCAACCUCUCCCUAGCAGGAGGGCUUUCGGUAGCAGUACCUGGAGAACUCAAGGGCUACUGGUGGGCUUUUCAGAAAUUUGGAGGCGGAGUGCCGUGGAAAGACCUAUUCCAACCCACCAUUAGAAUGUGCAUAAAUGGUAUUUACGUUUCUGAAUUUCUAGCAAACGUAUUGGAGGAACACAAAGAAGAUCUGUACCUGGAUCCAGUCCUAAGGGAAAUGUUCUUCGAUCCAUCGACUAACGAAACCUACAAAGAAGGAGAUUCCUACAUUAACCAUCGCUUGGCCAGAACACUGCAAAUCGUUGCUGAAGAAGGAGGGGAUACUUUGCAUAAUGGAUCUCUUACUAGAGCUUUUGUCAAGGACAUACAGGAUCAUAAUGGAAUAAUCACUGUUGAAGAUAUGAAAAACUAUAGGCCACAAUGGCAGACUCCUCUUCAAGCAUCCCUUUCUGGAAAAGCUCAACUGUAUACUUCACCUCUUCCUAGCUCUGGCAUUAUCCUCACUUUCAUCAUGAAUCUGCUAGACCAGUUUCUAGACAUGAAAGACCCCUUUUCCAUCAAGAACUACCAGAGAAUUGUUGAGAGCUUGAAGUUUGGCUAUGCUAGAAGAACUCAGUUAGGAGAUAGAGGUUUUGAAGAUGUUGAUGAUCUCAUUGUAAAUCUCACUUCUAAAAUCUAUGCACAAAAGAUGAGAGAAAUGAUUUCGGAUGACUGGACUUCACAGAAUGCUUCAUACUAUGGUGCUGAUUCGGUCAUGCCUGAAGAUCAUGGUACUGCCCAUAUUUCUGUAUUGUCGCCCAAUGGAGAUGCUGUGUCUGUUACUAGCACUAUCAACUAUAUAUUUGGAGCUAAGUUUGUAUCAGGAAGUACAGGAAUUCUCCUCAAUAAUCAGAUGGAUGAUUUCUCAUCUCCAAACAUCACCAAUGUGUUUGGUAUUCCUCCAUCUCCCACCAAUUAUAUCAAACCUGGUAAACGACCAAUGUCGUCCACUUGUCCAUCCAUAAUUUUGGACGAGAACAAAGACGUCCUGAUGAUUAUUGGAGGUGCUGGUGGAAGUAGAAUCACUUCGAGUGUAGCACAGGUUAUUCUGAAUCAUUUAUGGUAUGGACGAGAUAUCAAGUCAGCCAUGAACUCCAAGAGACUUCACCACCAGCUGUUUCCAAUGGAAGUAGGACUUGAGGAAAAAUACCUGGAGGAGGAUACUUAUGUUGCGGAUGGACUGAGAAAAAUUGGUCACAAAGUGUCUUUCGCAAGAGCUAACGGUUUCGCAGCUGUCACUGCCAUUUCAAGAUACAACGAAGAGUCUGUUACUGGGGUUUUUGACAGUAGAAGACUCGGUUCUGUGUCUUACGUGAACUGAAUACUCAUAUUGAUUGAUAGAAUGUUUUAGAAUAAUUAUUUAUUAUUAUUUAUAUUAAUUAUUUCCAACAUAACGAAACUAUUUACCAGUUUCACGGUGUUCGAAGUCUUCAACAUGGAAUUAUGAAACUAUUGUUUCGCCCAAAAUCAGUACUCCUGUGAUGAUAACUUGUGAUAAUUUUUAUGGUUCUUAUACUGGAACUAUAUUGAGACUGAAUUUA